AUGGAUCACGGCCGAAGAGUCGGUAGAAAGGAUACGUCGCUGACCUUGAAGAGGCCGUGCAAUCCGUCCGUCGUAACAGUGACCGAUCCUCCCUGCACGAAAGACAAGCCGAUAGUGGAAGAUCGUCGAUUGAAAAACUGGAAGACGUGGCUGAAAAGACACAGGAUGCAGUGCGAGGCGCUACGUCGCGGUGUUUCCAAUCCUAAAGCGGACAUGGUGAUGAACAGCUGCGAAAACGUGCGGGCGAAGAUCGAAAUGAGAAAUCUGAUGGAGUAUGCCGCUGCUCCGGUGACGCCGGUUCCCGGCAAGUCCACGGGGAGUCCCGGAUUCUGGAAGGUACCACCGAUCCUGUCGAACCACGGUAACCCCUGUCUUCCAGACGUUGGUCCUGUGCUAACGAAGAAGGAGCUCAACUCGUUCCCGACACUGGAGCACAUCGAGGUCCCCAAGUGCAUAAGGGAGGAGAAAAACUUGUCCAAUUUAGAGGAAUCGGUUCCCGGAUGGAAGCGGAGUUCGUACCUCAGUAAAAGGAGAGAGGAAUUGGCCGGCAACAUCGCGAUUUUAAAACCAAGUCGGCCCGAAACUGAGACCGACCUUGUGGUGCGAGGACGGAGGUUUGGCUACUCCGAAGAAGAGCAAGAAGUGCCUCGGCUUCCCGUGAUCAGUGUAACCGACGCUUCUAUCGAGAGCGAGGAAUCGGAGGUGAAAAUCAUGGCCGAGGAAGCGGUCGUUGUGACAUUGGAGAUAAACGGAGUUCGGGUAACCAGAGACGAGGAGACGAUUCAUCAGAGAUCCGAGGAUCUCGUGUGGCCGUUGACAUUCUUGAGCGCGGUGAACCAAAGGUCGAAGAAGUGUCUGCGCUUGGAGAACAAGGGGACCAUGGUCAUCGCUUACGAAUGGCGCGACGCCGCCUGGGUAUCGAAGAUUUUACCCUCGGGUUCGAGAAGCGGGGCCAGCUUUUUCUUCAAUAAGAAUAAGGCCCUGAUAUUGCCCGGACAGAAGACCGAGAUUCCGGUUUGGUUCCAGAAACGUCGAGCUGGGAUCUUCUCCGAGUCUUGGCGGCUUGACACCGAGCCGAAACUCCACGGGGCGAAUCUGAUCGUGAGAAUGUGGGGAUGCGCUUCUUCCGAGGAUUCGGGGUCUGGCCGAUCAAUCGACGCCUACUUGGAUCGCUGCAUCCGGGAUACCAGCGUCAGAGAAACCCUCGACUUCGUCAUCUCCAACGUCAGUCCGUCCAGGCCUCAGGAACCGGCGUACAAAAGCUGUUACCUGGAGGCCGAAUUGUUCCGGGCUAAGAACCCUUCGUACUUUUAUCACUCAAGUGCGAUCACCGAUUUGUACAAAUUGUGGGACACUUGUUUGGCGUCUAAUGUCGCUACUACGUGGAACUUGUCGUUGGUCGAGUUGCGAAGUCUUCUCUUGCGGAUCGACGAUCCUGAGCUCAGAAACGAGCGGCUUAAAUUGUUCAGUGAUCUCUGUAAAGAGUGUCUAAAGCCCGACGGAUUUAGUACAGAUAAAAGUGUCAAGUAUGGAGUUGUUUACAAUGUCCUGUGUGCCUUUGCCAAUAGGAUGGAAGAGGAGAGUGCGAUCGUUAAACGAAGUUGCAUUCUCAGGCAGCCGGACGACUCGGCGUCGAUUAAUUCCACCGUCGAAAUUUCUCCGGAAAGUUCGUCGUCCGGAAUGAUGGGCAUCAAUGGGUGGCGCGGUAGCUUGAAAUCCACCGAAAUUUUCUUGUAUGGACAAGUGUUUUAUACCCGCAUUUAUGAACUUUUAGUUGAAAGUAUGGAACAGAUCUGUGCGGCUAUAGACUCUGUCAACAAUCUCAACGAGCUUGAACAAUAA